GUAAUCAGUCCACUUUUAAAUGUAAUCUGAUCGGCGAAAGACAUAGGUAUUAAUCGAAAACAAACGAUACGUUAUUUUUUGCAAGGCUUAUGAUUUUUUAUUUUUUAUUAACAAUAACGAAUUUGUGUUAACUUGUGUUUGAUUUUCCAAUUAAGCAAUUUAUUUUUAUAUAAUAAAAAAAAACGUUUAAAUUAACUAAGUAUAUAUUAUAUUUUCAUAUCAAAACAAACCGCUGGAAUGACGGCCAAAAUGACAAACGAUACUCAAAUAAGUUUUGAUUUUUUCACCGAAACGCAACAUAAGUUACUAGACCUAUUGAAAAACGAAUUAGUUGCUGAUGAAGUAGUCGACUCGUGGAUGUUUAUGAACACACCGUGGCCGGUAUUUUCGACGGUAGCUGUUUAUUUAUUAUUCGUUUUGAAAGUCGGUCCGAAAAUGAUGGAAAAUCGAGCACCGUACAACGUUAAAUACGCGAUGCUCUUGUAUAAUCUGGUCCAAACGUUGUUCAACGGAUACUUGACUUCGUUGGUUUUCCUCACACCAGGAGCGGUACAAUAUCAAUUCAAACAUUUUUGUCAUCCUAUCCCAAGAAUCGACAAUCGGGUUCUCACCAACGAACUUGACAAAGCAGCGUGGUAUUUCUUUAUAUCAAAAAUAAUGGAUUUACUGGACACCGUGUUUUUCGUUCUCAGGAAAAAGCAAGCUCACGUGUCAUUUUUACAUGUUUACCACCACACUAAUAUGGUCAUCACCUGUUGGGCCUACCUAAGAUUUAUAAAAGGCGAACAGUUUAUGAUAGGCGGAGUCAUCAACUCUUUCGUCCACACCGUCAUGUACAGUUAUUACUUCAUAGCGGCAUUAGGACCACAAACGAAAAAGUUAUUGUGGUGGAAAAAAUAUGUGACUCGCAUGCAAAUCGUGCAAUUCUUGAUCGACAUCGGUAUGUUUAUGUGGCUGUGCGUGCGCGACUGCAACUAUCCAAAAGUAUUUUUGAUUUACAUCUCGGUCGACAUUAUAUUGUUUCUGUUCUUGUUUUUGAGAUUCUAUAAGAGAGCGUACAAAAUCAAACCCAAAUCCCAGUAGUGCCAACACAACGACAAGUUUAACCCGAGUCGACCCUUCCUGUGCAGCGUUGUCAGAAAGGUGCCGAAUAUUUUUGCGGGAAAAACUGAACAGUUAAGUUCAAAUAAUGUGCUACCCGCCGCCAAAUUUCGAUUAAGUAUAUUGUAAUCAAUAGAAAAUACAUUUUUUUUAAAUAAAUAUUUAUAUUGUAGUUAUAGUUACUUAUAAUUAUAUGUAUAUAUAUUAUGUAUGUAUAUAGGUUUUGUACU